GUUGUUUUCCAAGUCUUCCUAUGUAGUUGAGGAGACAAAGCAGAGUGUCCAAAUCAAUUUACAAACCCGAGUUUUAUUCCUUGUUUUCUAUCGCCGAUGGCUGAUUAUUCAACAGGAACUGAAUCCCACGAGGUGGUUGUAAAUGUAACCAAGGACCCCUCCAAAAUAUGUGAACGUUCAGAUUCCUUUGUCUCUGUCCAUUGCUUGCAAAAGUUGGUGGCGGAGACAGUGGGCACAUAUUUCUUGAUAUUUGCGGGGUGUGGUUCAGUGGUGGUGAACAAGAACAACGACAACAUCGUAACUCUUCCUGGGAUAGCAAUUACGUGGGGACUGGUUGUCAUGGUGCUCGUUUACUCUGUUGGUCACAUCUCUGGUGCCCAUUUCAAUCCUGCUGUCACCAUUGCUUUUACCUCCAUCGGAAGGUUUCCAUUGAAGCAGGUACCAGCUUAUGUAGCAGCUCAACUCCUAGGAAGCACACUUGCGAGUGGAACUCUGAGACUAAUAUUUAUGGGGAAGCAUGACCAGUUUUCAGGAACACUCCCAACAGGGUCUUACCUCCAAGCUUUUGUGUUUGAAUUCAUAAUCACAUUUCUCCUUAUGUUUGUCAUAUGCGGGGUCGCCACCGAUAACAGAGCGAUUGGUGAGUUGGCUGGGAUUGCAAUCGGGUCUACGAUACUGCUGAAUGUGAUGAUUGGAGGGCCAAUCACAGGAGCAUCAAUGAACCCAGUUAGAAGCCUAGGACCAGCUUUUGUGCACACGCAAUACAGAGGAAUAUGGAUAUACUUGUUGGCACCGAUUGUGGGGGCUGUGGCCGGAGCAUGGGUCUACAACGUCAUUAGGUACACAGAAAAGCCACUGCGUGAGAUCACAAAGACCGGCUCUUUCCUCAAAGGACGUGCUGACAUCAAAUAGUUUAAGCAAAUGGACUUAUAUGCUAUCAUCAACCCUCCUUCCCACACUUUUGCUAUGUAUAUUGUCUUUGUCAGAAAUAAUGAUCCCAUAAUGCAUGAAAUCACUUAAACAAACUACGCUGUUAUGGUUUAUUUCCUUUGUUUCGUAAAAGGUCAUGCAUUUGAUCUAACAAAUUUGUAUUUAGCUCCUAUAUACUACGUAAUUUUCUCUGUGUGUGUAUUAAAAACA